AUGUGUGGGUGUCGGUUCCGCAGGUGGGCGAUCUUGACGGGGAGAAGGGGUCUGGGUAAGGUGGUGUUGGGUGCGGUGCUGCUGGGUAGGGUGGUGGGGAGAAUAGUGGCGGUAGCGGCACUGGUGGAAUCAGCAUUGGUGGAAGCAGUUGUCAUUGAACUGGUGGUGCUGCUGUGGUCAGAGCUCGCACUGGCAGCGAUAGCAGCGUCAUUCGCACAUGCAGCAGCAGCAGCAGCAGCAGCAGCAGCAGCAGCAGCAGCAGCAGCAGCAGGUACAGUAGUAGUAGCAGGAGUAUAUACAUUGCUGGCCGUAACCUUGCCACUGGAGCUCGAGCCGGUUACUGCCUCAGAAGGAGACAGAGAAGCUUCAGACACGGAGGCGAGAGGAGUCGAGGCCGGUCACCCCAUUCCUCGCUCUCCUCCACUUCCUCCCCGCGACCCCCUACGCUCUGGAGCGGAGCCGGGGCGCGCACGUUCCUCGUGCAGCCAAGAUUGA